AUGGUUAAGACUAGAGGAUUAGGUCAUGCCUUAGGUAGGGUUGUUGGCAGAGGUUUAGGGAGAGGGGAUGGUGAUGAUUCUAACGUACCUGUGGACUUGCAUGCGGUACCAGAGGCUGAGCCUGUUGUAGCUGGCGAUAAGCCCAUGGUAGAUGCUGACACACAGGACACCGUUGCAGAGACUGACGCACAGGAUACUGGUGUAAAGGAUGUUGUAGAUGAAGCUGAGGGAUUUCCUGGUGGACCCAGGGACCCAUCUGUGCUUACGGAGUAUGCAAAACAUGUUGCAGCUAGCGUAUGGUCCGGAGAGGAACGACCUGAGUUGAAGUUAUCCUCCCAUGGGAGGAAGGUGCAUAAAUUAGGCAGGCCUAUUCCUGCAAUUGAGGAGAUGGUUGCUAGGACUGGAUUAAGUCCUCUAAUCGUGUGUUCAAUAGACACCGGCGAUCGGGGACUUAUAUCUUCGUUUGUUGAGAGGUGGCACCGAGAGACGAGUACUUUCCAUCUUUCAACGAGGGAGGUAUCCAUCAUGCUAGAUGACGUCGCGUCUCUUCUUCAUCUGCCGAUCGUUGGCGACUUCCACGCCUUCCGGCCUCUACACAUCGACGAGGUGGUGCUGAUAUGUCAGACCCAGCACUGGACAUCUGCAGCUUGUGCUUAUCUUCUGCAUCUUCUGGGUUGCACUCUUUUUGUUAAUAAGAGUGCAACUCAUGUUCAUGAUGAGUUCUUAGACACCCUGUGUGACCUCACUCAAACUAGGAGGUAUGCAUGGGGAGCUGCUGGCCUCAUCCAUAUGUACGAUCAACUUAAUGAUGCCAGUAUCAGCACCAACCGACAGAUGGCUGGCUACAUCACGUUGUUACAGUGUUGGAUAUAUGAGCAUUUUUCUCAGUUGCAGAGUGCAAUGCUGAUCCAGAGUAUGACGAGGUGUCACCGCGUGCGUGUCGGUGGAUUGCCACAAAGAAUACUGUCAAGAAGAUAUCUACAGCGACGUACAGGCAGCGCUUGGAUCGUCUCAGGAUUCCAUAUGUCAUAUGCGGAGCACCGAUCAGUCCAAGACUUUCAUCCAAUUUCAUGUUUCUCAGAACAGCUCCGCUGGGGGCCUGUUGUUGUCAGAUACAGACCGGAGAGGGUCAUGCGCUAG